AUGCAGGUGGCUGUCUUUGUGCGUUGGGCAAAUUCGUUGGCUGGCGGAACAGUGAGAGAAUUGAGCGAUAUUGUCGAUACGAAAUUUCUGUCUAUUUUUGUGCAACUUAUCACUGGCGAUUCAUUUAUAAGCUCAGGUUCUCGAAUACAAGAUAUAUCAAAUGCGCUUCGGCUUAUCGAUAGUGAUGAAUGUUUUAGUCAGAUAAACAUCAGUGAACUUAUUGAUGGAAAUCCUCGAGUCAUAUGUUCCAUUGUUUGGCAACUCAUACAAGUUUUCUGGAGAAGAUUCGCUCCAGCUGAUGUUCGUGAUCAAAAAAUGGUGGAGGCGCUGAAAGAUUGGUGUGCUGAACGAGCGCAACGAUUUGGAGUGCAAAUUAAUGAUUUCAUCUCAUCAUGGAGAGAUGGCUACGCCUUAAAUGCUAUCUUAUUGUCUUAUAACCCAGAACUAUUCAAUAUGAAUCAGAUAAAAGAUAUGCGAGCAGUUGAUCGUAUUGAACAUGCAAUGAGUCUAGCAAAACGAGAUUUUAGUACUCCACGUCUUCUUCAACCAAAAGAUUUUUCCAGCGAACAUUUGGAUAAGAAAAGUGUUGUAUGUUACUUGAUGGUACUCUAUCUCUCAUUAUUAACUGAAGUUCCAUCAUCGGAAUCUGAACUUGAACCACAACCAUUUGAACAACCAACAGAAUCAUUGGAAUCUUCUAAAAGUUCACAAAGCUCGAUGAUAACCAGGCAAAAAAUUGCUGUAAAAAGCAAUUCGCAAUCUAUGAUAGAUUCAGUAUCAUCAUCGGGAGAGACUAUCCAAACUGAAAUAGAAUACCCGCUAGAGACAAAUCUCGAACAAAUCCCUUCUACUUCAUCAUCCAGAAGACAAUCACAGCAAACUAGCGAAAAUUUCGAGAUUCAAUCAUGCAAAUCUUCCACAUCAAGCCAGAAAUCAGCUCGACGACACGGUAAAUCGAUGGAAGAGACGAUUGUUGAAUUUGAAGAAUGCUUGGAACAUGUUCUGGCAUGGUUACUUGAAGCAGAGGAACAAGCUAAUUGCAUGAAAUCGAUUGAAAAAGAUGAUGUGGAGUUAGUGAAAAGUCUAUUCAAAGAGCAUGAAAUGUUUAUGCAAUCACUGACCGAAAGUCAGGAUGGUGUUGGCCGAGUGCUGCAUAGAGGUCAACAAUUGGUGCAAAAAAUGGAAGAAGAAGAAGCGGCCGCAAUUGUCUCUCAGUUAUUAAUGGUGAAUACGAAGUGGGAACGAAUUAGAGAAAUUUCAAUGUUACGACAAAAUCAACUUCAGCAUUGUCUUAAUUCAAUUCAAAUCGAACAACUUGAAUCCAUUAGAAAAUGGUUAGAUAGUAUGGAAGAAGAAAUCAAAAAUGCGCCACCUCUAACAAUGAAUGGAAAUGAAAUUAGACAAUUAAUUGAUACUCAUGCAGCAAUUCAAAAUCGUAUCGAAAAUGAACAAAAGAUCGUUCGAGGCUUGUCAACAUUUGUAGCUGUGGUAGACGAAUCGGAUUCUCAUUUUUCAUACGAAAAUCUGGAAAAAUUAUUACAAUCUGUUGGACAAAGAUGGAUGAACGUCUGUGAAUGGGCUGAAAUGCGUGCACGACAAUUAAAUGGUUUAUCAGAAUUGAUCCCUCAAUAUACCUCAGCAUAUCAUAAGAUUUUAGAAUCGCUUGAUAAUUGGGAAGGAGUAAGUUGA